AAUAUGGCAGCGAGGUUCCAAGAUACGAAACACCCUUUUAUGGACGCUCCCCUGCAUUUCUGUAUAGGUCGGGCGAUGACAACUACUCUGUUUUGAUCCGUCAUCCACUAUUGUCGCAGACAAGAUAAGUACGUAAGUCAGUUUUUCUACUUCAUCACGGCCAAAAAUUGCAAACAGCAAUUAUUUUGGGUAUGUUCAAUAUAACCGUUGCGAUGACGCCAUAUUUGCGUAAGGUAAAUUUUAUAUGUCAACAAAUGGUCCUCUUUUGUUUUCCACCACACUAAUAAACUAGAUAACCUCCCUAUUUCGAGCUAUUAGAUAUGCCAUCUGACAGAUGACCGGCUGGCGCCCUGUGUAUACGCCCGGAUUCGAACCCGAAGGACAACGAGUCCCAAAGGAAAUUGCAGGCAGAAACGUUACGCACUAAUCUAUCACGGGGGCAAAGAUCACUGAAAUCCGAUGGAACAGCGCAACGUGCAAUACAUCCUGGCAUGAAAUUAAUAGCACGUUUGCCUCAGGUUGGGGCAAGCUGUGUCAACCUAUACGUCGUAUCCACACACCCACAUGUUCCAAAAGCUUCUCGAUGGGCGACGGUGUACCCCAUAAACGUAUAAUCGAAAACAAAAGUUAAAUGACGCCUAAAUUGAUUAUGUAGAUUGCCAUAUGGGCUUUGCAUUACUCCAAAACUAAUACAAAUGAAUUCGGUUACAUUGUUCACACACGUAUAUAAACAUUGUAUGCAUUUGCCCAUUUAAGACACAUGUCGUUAUGCAACUCCCUGAACAUAUAAGGGCAAGUAUCUGAUAGGCGUGAUAGCUUAAUGGGUGCUUUGUUUAAAGACACCUGAUUCGAAUGCGUCUGAUGGGGUGCCAAACGUAAAACUUCAAAUAUCGACUUUGAGUAGAUAGAGUUUGGGGAAACGUUGAUUACGAUUCGCAAAUUUGGAUCGGAUCCGUGCAGCAGAGCAAUAUAGUAGGCUACAACGAAGUUAUACACUCGUAAGGGUUGAAUUUUUCCCAAAAGUCAAUAGGCCCACGGCUUCUCUGUGAAGGUCGUCGGCGAGUAGGCUUGGUAGUUAUCGAAAAAGAUGAAAGAGGCACGCACAGAACAAUAAGAGUAAGUGGGCCAUGAUGUAGACCUAUUCUCAUUGCAUUUGCCUUAAAGCAACUUUGCUCUGCGGACAGGUAAAACAAACCCUUACUUUCUAAACCAGAUAAAUCAACUUCAGCUGGUUGUAAAGAAGACUAAGCGCUGAAGGCACGGGUGAGUAUCAUCGAAACAUUUUUGAUGACAAGCAAAUUUUCACCCAACGCAAAAGUCGAUGUAGGUCAUACCGUAAGGAAGUUCGUCUGCGCGGCUCAUGAGUUAAUAUGGUGCCCCCCCCCAAAACAGCGCGCACCAAAGAGAACGGCGUUGCUCAACCGAAAGUAAAGAAUGGCAUGCCCUCGCAGUGUCUACCAUAUAGUUCCGAUUGUGCUCGCAGUGCACGAAGCUGCUUAAUUGCCGAUUACAAUUAAUUGUUUCUCACUAUUGAUUUUAACGUUAUGAUGAUCGUUGCACCCGCUGGAGGUAAAGGUAGCACAAAGUAUCUUAGCACUCUUAGCGCAUGGCUAAAGAUGGCAGAGAUGCUUCUCGGCUUCAUAGUAUCGUUGCUUCUGACGGCCUGGAACGACUCAUGCACGAUUUCUUCCGCCCGAUUCUUGCACUUAACGUCAUUUACGUUCCUUGUUUACACAUCGGUGCACUUUAUAGCCGUGCUGAUACGACCGUCUGCAGAAAAGUAUAUGAACACUUCGUUGAAUCUCAUCUAUCAUAUCGUGGCGGUCAUCUUCUACUUCUGCGGAUUCCUUGGCACAAUCGUUCAAUCAGGAGCUGUUGGCACAGUGGUUGGUAUUGGAAUCGGAUUAUUGGGCUUUAUGACCACUGUAAUAUACUUGGUUGACGUGAUAGUGAUAUAUAAAAAUCGCGGCAUAACGGACGUCGAGUCUAUCGUGCUUACUAAUAAAUUUGCAAACGAAAAGACAUAA